UUUCAUUCAGAUAUUUUAGCUUUGCCCAUAGAUUACGAGUUCCUUCGACUCCGACUAACAUCGAGCUGAAGUCAAAGCAAGUGAAAAGACACACACCCACAUACACACAACCACUCACACACACACACACGAGAUGAACAGGUCGCAGAAAACCAGCAAGGUGAAGCGCGGCAAGCGGGGCGGGGGCGGUGGCAUCAGGACUCAGCAGCCGGACUUCGUGGAGGCGCAGGUGGAGAACGCGCGCAAGGCGGUGGAGCGCAAGCUGAUGUACCUCUCCGAGUCGAACCGAGCCAGUGCACCCACUCGUCCGGGCAAGCGGAGCGCGGCGGGAGCGGGCGGAGCAGCGGCCGCAGUGGAAGGAGCGGGCACCGCUGCCCAUGGCCAGCGUCGCAGGCGAAGCAGGAGGAGUCCGGCACAGGCUGCAGCCCAGGAGACGACCGACGAGGAGCAGAAAUCGCAGGUGGAGACAACGUACAAGUGCGGAAACCGGAAACGCAGCGGUUACAAUUUACUGCUGUCGCCUCGUCGCAAUGGUCUAACGCCCCGGAACUAUGAGGCUGAGGCGGCGGAACUGGAAGCCAUCAUGGCCGCCCAGCGAACGUCCAGCGGUACGGCGAAGGCUGGUCAAGGCGAUGGGGAUGGCGGGGAUGCCGGGGAGUAUCAGGCCGGCACGUUUGGUCGCCUGCAGCUGAAGCCGCUGAGCAGCUAUGCCACGGCCCACCCACUGCCCAGCUACACGUGCGGCGUGUGCGGGGCCAAGUUCCACAUCCGAUCGCUGCUGGGCGCCCACCGGCACAUCCACGACGACGACUUCAAGGUGCGCUUCCGGGUGCGGCGCAAGCGAGAGAGCAGCACUAACAUGGCCGCCGUCCAUCUGUGCAAGCACUGCGAUCGAGGAUUCGACCUGGAGCGCACGCUGCACAUCCAUCAGCUGAGCUACUGCAAGAAGAUACCGCCGCAGCAGCGCCGCAAGCUGGCCUACACGGAGCUGGCGCACGAGAAGAAGGCACCGCUGCCCAACUUCCAGCGGACGCAGCAGCAGUCGCUGCCACAGCAGGGACAGCGAAACAGCGCCACCACCAAGCAGCAGCAGUUGACGCAGCAGGAGAAGCUCCACAGGAUCAUCAUGCGGGAGUCGGCGGUGCACGAGCGCUGGCGCUAGUCGUCCCCAUCCGCUGAUCCUCACCAGAAACUGGAAGCGGAACCAACGCUUGCUUUCAUCGGAUCAGCUAAAUCUGUAGCAAAGGCAAAAUUAGUAGGUGUAGGGUAUGGAGACUAGGAGACUCACCUGUUCCAAAGACCGAAACAACACAUUGGCGUUGAAUAGUCACACUCCAUUUAUGACGGUCAAUUAAGCUAAAUUGAGAGUCCCCCGCACAUGGAGGUAGUUGGCGUUUCUAGAAUGGGUGCAAGUGUAAGCAAGUGUGUUAGAAAUGAUUAAAUUCGUGAGCCUAACUGAGUAA